AUGGAUAACAUGUCUUAUCCUAACUCUAUGACACUAACUCUUAUGGUGCCUAAAGAUUCCAAAUCAAAUAGGCAUAUAUAUUUCACUUGUUUUCUUUUCCUCUAUUUGCUUAUAUUGUCCAUUAAUAUUCGUCUUGUUGUGGUCAUUAUCAUGGAGAAAGCUCUUCAUUUACCAAUGUUCAUAUUUUUGUGUUAUCUCUGUGUAAAUGGGGUAUUUGGAGCUUCAGGAUUCUACCCUAAAAUGUUGUCAGAUUUAAUAUUUGAUUCAUAUGUGAUCUCCUCUCACAUGUGUGCUCUACAAACAUAUGUAAUCUACAGCUCUUUACUUUGUGAAUUUACAAUAUUAACAGUGAUGUCUUAUGAUCGAUAUGUAGCCAUAUGCAGACCUUUAGACUAUAAUUCCAAAUUAACUAAAAUCACCUGUGUUAGAUUAAUUAUUUUAUCAUGGAUUGUACCAAACUGCUUUGUGAUUUCAGGAGUCCUGUUAUCAAACUUGAAGCCAUUUUGUAAAAAUCACAUUGACAAAUUAUACUGUGAUAACUGGUCAAUUGUAAAGCUUUCUUGUGUGUCAUCUCUUGUAAAUAAUGUCUAUGGAUAUAUUGUUGCUGUCAUAUUUGUUAACUGUGCAGUGUGUAUUAUAGUAUCCUAUAUUAAACUGAUCGCUGCAUGUAAAACAUCUUUAGAAAAUAGGAGGAAAUUCUGGCAAACAUGUUUGCCACAUAUAUUUGCACUGAUCAAUUUCACUUUUGCUAUGCUUUUUGAUAUCAUGUAUAGUAGAUAUGGUGCAAAUGACAUUCCAGAGAGCCUACGCAAUUUCUUGGCUUUAGAAUUGGUUAUUGUUCCACCUGUUUUUAAUCCUCUUAUUUAUGGAUUAAAUGUUAAUGCAGUGCGUAAAAAAGUUUUUACUUCAUGUAUAACAACAAAAGAGAAUGUUUCAGAAAGUUGA